CCUCACGACCAGAGAGGGUCCAGCAAGAAAGUUCGCGGAUCUCCUGCCAGGGUCUGCUCCUCAUCGAGGCAAUGGCUUCUAAACUCCUGCGAGCAGUCAUCCUCGGGCCGCCCGGCUCGGGGAAAGGCACUGUGUGCCAGAUGAUUGCCCAGAACUUUGGCCUGCAGCACCUCUCCAGCGGCCACUUCUUGCGGGAGAACAUCAAGACUAACACCGAAGUUGGUGGUAUGGCCAAGAAAUACCUAGAGAGAGGCCUUUUGGUCCCAGAUCAUGUCAUUACACGCCUGAUGCUCUCGGAGCUGGAGAGCAGGAGUGGCCAGCACUGGCUUCUGAGCGGCUUUCCGAGGACACUAGCACAGGCUGAAGCUUUAGACAAAAUUUGUGACCUGGAUCUAGUGAUCACUUUGAACAUUCCGUUUGAGACAUUGAAAGAUCGGCUCAGCCGUCGUUGGAUUCACCCUCCCAGCGGAAGAGUGUAUAACAUGGACUUCAACCCGCCUCACGUGCAUGGAAUUGAUGACAUCACGGGAGAAGCAUUAAUCCAACAAGAGGAAGAUAAGCCUGAAGCAGUUGCUGCGCGGCUAAGACGGUAUAAGGACACUGCGAAGCCAGUCAUUGAGCUAUACAAGAGCCGAGGAGUGCUCCACCAGUUUUCGGGGACGGAGACUAAUAAAAUAUGGCCUUAUGUUUACACACUUUUCUCAAACAACUUACUUCUAAACCAAUACUUCCGUAAAACCUUAGAUCCUUACAGGGACCCCACGGUGCCCAAUAACUGGCCUUUGCCCCUACAGGUUCGAAAGUUCCAUUGCAAGGCAGAGACCAAGGAUUCCAUCUAUACCCUCAAAGGACUCUCACCACAGUAG